AUGUACUCGCCAGGGUCCGACAAAGGGGGAUUCAGGGAGGAAGAGCCAUCUUCGCGUGUGUUCGAGGGGAGCGAAACUCCAAAAGGAACAACGUUUCCCUCCAUCGGGGCUGACCCAGAAAACGCGAGCACCCUCACCGCCGGCGGCCGCAACAGCGGCGUCGGCGGCUGGUCGAGUUUCAAGGACAACAGCAGCGCCAUCGCUGGGUCGAAGGGGCGCGAUGACGGUGGCGGGGAUGACUGGACGCUCACGAUGAAGCUCCUGAAGGAGGGGAGGAGCGCAGGCACCGAAAGGCAACGCGCGUACUCGCUUUUCGAGCACCUGGACGUGACGUGUUCGCACAGGAUUUACGCGUGGGAGCUGGCGCGUUUUUUCCCGCCUGCGAUCGGGUGCACCACGGACAACGUAGUCGAAAUAGCCUUCACGUGCAAUACGCUGGGGCUGACGGUGGAGGAGGACGAGGAGGGGAUGGUCGUAGUUGCCGGCUGGGAGGAAGACAGCGCUGCCGCCGAGCACCCUUCCCUGAUGAUCGGCAUGCGGAUCCUGUCCAUCGACGGCUGGGACCUACCUUGCGCGCUGACCGCCGCGGCUUCGAGGCACGGGGCCCCCGGAAGAGACGGCACGUUUAAGUCAAGCCUGAGGAAAUGCGAGAGCGUCCUGGAGGCCUUGAGCGAAGGCGAUAUGGAGGACGGAGAGAACGCGCUCCACGUGCUCGAGGUGGCGAUGCCGGCGAUUGUGGUCACCAAGUCUAACACGUGGCUCGACAUGGACGUCAGUGGUGUUGCGGUAGCCGUGAGCGUGCCUCUCGGGGUCUACAACACCAUAGGGGCAUACUUUACGGCUCUGCAAGAGGCCGGUAGGGAUCAGCACCCGACGGAGCUCCGGCAUUUUGGAGUCAAGUUCGACCCUGCUCAGCCCUUUGUGAUGCUUUCUGCCGGCUACGCCCCGUUCAGAAUACUGUGGCGCUCUGGAGAACACAGCACUCAAAGUUGCCGGAAACUAUUGCACUGCAGCGCCGAACAGAUGGUCGCGGGGAGAUUUGGCAACCCCAAUUCCUCUGAGCGCAAGCGGCAGCAGCUAGCCCGGAGAAUAGCCAAGUGGACACAAUCGAAUCAGGCACCGCAAGGGAGUAUAACGGGAGCAGAACCUUGGGCAGCGGUGGUAACCACACCGCCGGCGAGUGAUGACGACAUUGUCCCGGCAGACGGGGUAGAAGAACGGGGCGUCGUGCGUGAUACGGUGAGUAUGGGUGGAGCGGGAAAACGAACCCGAAGACGCCGGAGACAACCACGACGCCAGGUCGACUACGCGGAGGAGGCCUUGACGGAAAGAAUGGCCCAUCUCCUUUCCCAGAGAGAUCGGACCAAGGCGAUAAAACGGGCUCAACAGAAGGCUAUCAAGGCUAAGCUAGCGGAGAUGAUGUACGAGACUCACAAGUUCGAGGAGGAGCUCGGUGGGGCGGGGCAGUGGGGCUCCUCCAAGCGAUCGGUGGAGCUGGCCAAGCUGGGACUGGAAGACUGUCGUUCCGGCCAGGUGGGAAAACGUCCGCACCCUGAGGACAUCCACCCGGCGUUUCUAGGAUACUUCCACCAGCGAAGGAGUCCAAAGGGGGCAUGGGACCCUGCGCUGCGAUCACCGGUGUUCUUUGGGAAGCUCUCGGAAGCCCUUACUCGGCGCGAGGCUGUCCGGGGGGAGGGCAACCUGGCAGCUCUGAAGGCCCUCAUGAGCGGAGCUUCCUUUGACAGGCGUUCGUCGCAAGGGGAAGCCCGGCAAGAAGCAUCAGUGGGGCAGAAUAACAGCAGUCCCUGCUCGACGUGCCAGGCCUUCCCGCUUGCUCCAGCCACCCGCGGAAAAGUGCGACAACGUCUCCGAGAGGUGGGGACGACCUACGACAGCGCGGGCUUGGUCCACCCGUCGUGCUUCGGGCUGAUGACAAUACCCGACGACCAAGACAGUCGGCACCAGAGUCCGGUGUUUUUCGGGUACGACUUGGUGAAGAAACCCAGGUCAAGAGGCGGGGCCUUGGAGGAUCACGAGAAGCCCAAGAGGGAAGAUUUUGUGGUCCACCGAAAGGGGAAGCCGUGCCCCGUGUGCCUAGUUGGGAAACCAGGUGUGGGUGCCGGCGGUGUGGCGUCGUACGACCUGUUCGCCUUGGCAACGGCGCUUCACAGCGGCGGCACACUAGCCACCCCCUCGCCCCCCACCCCCCCCCUAACCCAAGCCCAAGCCGGAAACGGUGCCGACAAUGAGGAUAAUCAUCGUAUGACGAGUUACGACGACUAA